AUGGGAGACGUCGAAUACUUCACUCGCAAACCAUGGCUUUUUGAUGUACGUUCAUCAAAGCAGCUGAUCGGACUCGCUGUCUUCGCCACAACAUUCACUGAUGGAUUCCUGUACGGAAUAGUCGUGUCUGUCCUCCCCUUCUCUUUGACCAGAAGGUCUGGAGUCCCCGAGUCCGAGGUUCCAUUCUGGACUUCUACGUCCUUGGCUGUCUUCGGAAUGGCAAUGGUGUUGAGUGCUCCAAUGGCAGGAUGGAUUGUGAAAAUGUGUGAAAGGCGGCAAUUGCCGUUUCUUGGGGGACUCUCUUGCGCGUUUGGGGCCACUCUAUUUUUCAUGCUUGGAACCUCGCCGUGGAUGAUCAUCGUUGCGAGGAUUUUCCAGGGUCUAUCCGCGGGUGUGGUAUACACUGCUGGUCUGACGCUGCUGGUGGACACGAUUGAGUCGCACGAACUGGGACCCUGGAUAGGAUUCGGUCUUUCAGGCAUGAAUUUUGGUGUGCUUGUAUCACCCACUCUCGGGGGAAUUGUGUAUGAGAAGGCAGGGUUCUAUUUCGUCUUCGUGAUGGCUCUGGCUGUUGUCUUUGUCAAUUUGGUGCUAAUUCUGAUGCUCAUUGACCGAAAGUCGGCUGAGAGGUACAGGACUUCGGCCGAACCGAUUGAGAAUUCAGCUCCUUCAAGCGAACCGACCUCCCGGGAACCUGUUGCUAACGGCAAGAGACGACUAUCGAAUGUAGAAAGUGGCGAUAUAACUACAACAACACCUUUGCUCUCGCAUUGCCGGGAACGGUCUCUCGGAGUUCAAGCUAAUCCCACUUGGAGCUCCAUUGUCGGGGGAUUUGUUCGAAAUCCUCAAUUGGUCGCUGCUCUAUACGGGUGUCUCGUCAACACUAUUCUCGUGAGCGCGAUGGAUGCGGUCCUGCCGAUCUUCGUCAAGCAAACAUUCCACUGGCUGCCUGGCGCGACAGGUGCCAUAUUCCUGAACUUGACUAUUCCAUCUUUGAUUGGCCCAUUCAUUGGGAUGAUCUCAGACAAGUAUGGUGUCCGGUUGGUAUCUGUGAUCGGCUUUAUUUUUGCAGCCGUGGGUGUUGUCUUCCUUGCCUUAAUACAACAUGCCGAUACAGCAAGCAAAAUCAUUGCAUGCUUCCUGCUAUUCCUUGUCGGCAUUGGCCUCAACACCUCAUUGACCCCUUUGGUAACGGAGAUACCUCGCAUCGUCAAAGCCCUUCAAGAGGACAAGCCAGAAGUUUAUGGAGACAUAAGUGCAGUUGCCGAGGGCUACAUGCUUCUAGAUGCCGUAUUUGGUGCCGGAACCGUACUGGGACCCAUGCUUUCUGAGCCUGCAUUUGAAAGAUUAGGAUGGACCGGGUGUACGGCAAUGCUGGGAUUUUUAACUGUCUCAGCUGUGAUCCCAGUGGUAAGUAAUUCGGUAGUUAUGAUUUUUGCAGUCUUCUUUAGUUGA